GCUGUGAGGAGAUCAAAAGGCGGCGCGUCCCCGCCGUCCGUGCGCGCACCACCGUACCCACCUACUAGUGUGGUUGUCAUGGUUACCCGAAUACCCGCCUGAACGGGUAUGUGUGCGCGAGCAAGAGGGGAGGGAAGGAAGGAGAAAAGCGAGAGGAAGGAGGGAGGAGAGGAGGAGGAGAGGCGGCGGGUGUUUGCCGAGGAGGACGUGGCGGCUCCGGUACAGAAAGCUUCAGGCGACGGGCGGCGGAGGCAUGAACCGGAGCGUGUGCAGGCUGGUUCAACGCCGGUGCUGACGUCUGCCCCCCCGUCACGCCGUUGACAGGUUCCUGGGGGAACUCUGACCCCCCCAGCCGCAGCCAGGUUACACCCUCUGAGGAUUGGGGGGAGUGGAGGAAGAGGAGAGGUCGACGUCUUCAUCUCUGAGGAUUACCCCCCCACCAUGACGGACUUGGAGGCCGAGUGCCUGAGUCUCGGCCUGCCGCCCGAGUGCGGCUCCCCCCCCUCUCCCUUGGAUUCCUCCCUGCAGGUGGAUUGUGGCACGGGGCCCGCCGGCUCCGCCCCCGCGCCCACCCUGGCCCUCCUCUCCUCGGACUGCCCCACCCCCACUCUCAGCUCUCUGGCGGCGGAGAUCGUAGAGCCGCUGGUGAUGCUGCCGUGCGUGAAAAGCGAGCCGGAGGACGGAGACCUGGAGCCGAUCCGGACCGUGGACCUGUCGGAGAUCCAGCCGCUGUCCACGGCCGAGCUGGGCCACGAGCAGAUCAAGAUGGAGAUCAGCGGCCUGGACUACAUCAAGUCGGAGCACCACGGCGGCCACCAUCUGGGCCCCUUCCACCACGGCGACGUCCCCGAGCUGGACUACAAGUCGCACUACGAGGCCGGCUCGGUGUUCGACUACAUCUCCCAGGUCACAGACACUCUGGAGUACAUCAAGUCGGACCCCCACGUGGACCUGCACUGCUACUACAGCGCUGAGCUCAGCUCCCUCAAGUCCGAAUACCUGGAUUGUGUGGCCACGCCCCCCCACCUGCAGCACAACGGCCUGGAGUCCAUCCACAUGGCGGAGCUGCGCUCCGAGCUCAACAAGCUGCGGCCCGACGGCCCGCUGAUAGACGGCAUCGGCAAACUGGACCCCGACUUCGCCGGGGCGGCGCUGUACGAGCUGCAACCGCACGGGGAGGCGGGGAAGAGCCCGGCGGCGGCUGGGGCAGCAGGCGCCACGGGCACAGUCAUCAAAACCAAAACUCACAGUCCCACGGUGAGGAAGCCGCGCAACAUGCAGGGGGAGAAGCCCUUCUCGUGCACGCAGUGCGGCAAGAACUUCAGUACGCUGGGGAACCUGAAGACGCACCAGCGCAUCCACACCGGCGAGCGGCCAUACACCUGCUCGCAGUGCGGCAAGAGCUUCGGCCAGGCGGGGAACCUCAAACGCCACCAGCUCAUCCACACGGGGCAGAAGCCCUACGUGUGCGCCCACUGCCCCAAAGGCUUCACCAAGGCCGACGACCUGCGCUCGCACCAGCGGCUGCACACCGGCGAGCGGCCCUUCAUCUGCAGCACCUGCGGCAAGAGCUUCAGCCAGUCCAAAGAGCUGAAGGCGCACCAGCUGAGCCACACCGGCGAGCGGCCCUUCUGCUGCGCCCACUGCGGCAAGAGCUUCACCAAGGAGACCAGCUACCACAACCACGUCCAGAUCCACACCGGGGAGAAGCCCUUCACCUGCUCGCAGUGCGGCAAGACUUUCAGCAACUCCGGCGUCCUGAAGACCCACGAGAAGAUCCACACGGGCGAGCGGCCGUUCGGCUGCACGCAGUGCGGCAAGAGCUUCGGCCGCCUCGGCCACCUGAAGGCGCACCAGCAGAUCCACACGGGCGAGCGGCCGUACGCCUGCCCCCACUGCGGCAAGACGUUCAGCCAGUCGGGCCACCUGAAGGCCCACGAGCAGAUCCACAAACGGGAGCGGGCCGACGCGGCGAGCGACGGCGGCGGCAGCAGCAGCAGCAGCGUGGUGGGCGGGGACAGCAGCUAAAGACUGCGACCUUUAACCUCCGGUGACACAAAGUAUUAUCCUCUUUUUAUAAAUACUAUAUGGAAAGUUUCUUACGUUUUCAUACUUUUGUGCUCUUUUACAUUUGAACUGACUGUGCGCGUGCGUGAGAGUGUGCACGUGACAGCGAGUGCCUGCAGAGGUCGACUCUUAUUUUUGGAGAAUCUAGAAGACAAGCACAAGAAUUCCAGUGAACGUUACUUUUGUAUGCUUUUAUUUUGUAAUCAGUCCUACCAGCAGCCCCCCCCCCUGUUUACACACGCCAACGACUCAUCAAGGUGACCUCUUGCAGACCCCCCCACACCUGUUUUAACAGCAUUUUGACCACCUGCACAGGCGUUGUGGGGGGGGGUAAAUCAUCAGAGGUUAGCGGACCUGAACGCAUCGUCAAACGCCACACUGGUCUUAAACAGCUUUUAAUUUGAAAGGCCAACAGGAAACACUGCAGCAGGCUGUCUCUUACUCUGAAAAGCCUUCUUCCUCUCAUCAAUACAACUUCAUACGGGGGUGGGGGGCCCAUGAACAGGAAUGGCAAGAAUCCCAGAAGCCAUAAAACGCUGUUUUAUUAACCGUAACCGGACAGCAGCCUUUCACUUAGCCCCGCCCCCACCAGCAGGUCUUCUGGUUGGACUAGCGUUAGGUCACCACGGAAUGUUGUAAACGGACAGGUGGAGGUGGUUUAGCGUUGGAGGAAACAUCAGACGUCUGUGACCUGGUUCCUAAACGUUUAGAUUGGGGACCAAAUCAGAAACGGCGACGCCUCCUCUGACCUCCAUCGCCUCCUGCCGCACGAAGCGUUUUCCCGUCGAUCCGUUACAGCCUCCAUGUUUACUCCAAAGAGAACGCCACAUCCAGACGUUCUAGCAGCAGAACAUCAGCUGCUUCUGAGGAACCAGAAGCGUUCCAGAACGCUCCUCCUCGCCGCUGGCGCUUAGGUCCGGGUCAGACGCUCCCUAGGUCCGGGUCAGACGCUCCCUAGGUCCGGGUCAGACGCUCCUUCUCUGUUCCAAAGGUUCAACACAAACUGAAGCAGGUGGAAGAAUAAAGCGCUUCCACUGCAGCCUGCUGGAGGGUCACCGUUUGAAUCUGGGGCUUCAAGAAAAGCGUUUGGCGUCUGGAUGAGCGUGGAGGAGGAGUUUCUCAGCGCUCCGUCCUGGGCGGGGUGGGGGCCACCGGCUGGGUUUUAAUCUUUGUGAAUUGGGCUGGUCUGGGCUCAGAAAGCCUGCAGGUCUUCAUCGCUCCAGAUCUUUAUGACUUCAUUUCCUGGAACCUCAGACGGUCCUGCUUUUAUUGUGAAAAUCUGUUUAAUGCGGAACUUCCUCCGUGACCAAAUAAAAACGUUUCAAAAGGAAAACGUGAAUCAGCUGAAACUCAGACCUUCAUCACACUGAUGGAGAGGAGGGUCCAGGUUCACCCCCCCUUUCUGCGCAUGGACCAAUCAGCAGGCUGCCCUGCUGGUUCAGAGGUGUCUGCAGUGGGGGGCAUGAGCCCCUCCUGCUCAGGUUCCUCCUGCAGCAGGAGGGGCUCAUGCUGCAGAUCACUGCCCCCCCAGCCUUCGUUUGACGGACAGAAGCAGCACUUAGCCCCGCCCUCUUCUAGAUGUCCACAAAAGGGCUGGGGGUGCACAUAAGAGAUGUGCACGUGAACACGCACAUGAAAACAGCAUUAAGCAUCAGCUGAGUGACCCCCCCCCACCCACCUGUUCUACCUCUGAGGUCAGCAUGUUUCUGUCUUUCAGCUCGGGGGGGGGGGGGGGGUCAAACUGCUGGUUCACUAUUGAUCAUUGGAUUAUUGUGUGGAUGAACUUCAGACCCCCCCCCCCUCCCCCCGAUCACUCACUGUGUACAAAUCUAUUGAUUAUGUCAUUCCUACCAAAUGUAUUGGAGAAGAUGCAGCGUCUUAUUAAAGUCCUGAAGCAUUGCA